ACUUAGCAACAACUCGAACCAUACAUAUGCGGAUAAACACAGUAUUCUGAACGUAUAAGGCAUAAAUACCUGGAAGUCGAUUGAUACAGCAAUGGUUCCUUCGACUUCAUCUCGACCAGUAGGCCCUCUGGUCACCCUGCCUAUCCCCGCGCUUCGGCCGUCUCGAAACACCACUCUUCGCGGCCGUACAGUCCUCCUAGAACCCCUCACAGAGUCACACGCAAACGAUCUCUUCGCGAUUGUCGGAGGAACAGAUCCCAUACAUGCUCCUCUAUGGGAUUACAUGGGCGAUGGACCAUACGGAACGUUCGAUGAAUUCCGCGUCGCAAUAGCAGCCAAAGCGCGCUCCGAAGAUCCAUUCUUUUAUGCCGUCUUCAAAACAUCCUCCACCCCGGAAACCGAGGUCAAAAAAGAAUUAGUCGGCUACCUAGCUCUAAUGCGUUUCGCGACAUCAGAUCUUUGCGUCGAGAUUGGCAACAUUCUCUUCUCGCCUGCUUUGCAGCGCACCACAGCUGCAACUGAAACUGUCUAUCUAGCUGCUCGAUAUGUCUUUGAGGAUCUUGGCUACCGUAGGCUGGAAUGGAAAUGCAAUGCUCUAAAUGAACCGUCGAAGCGUGCAGCGAUGAGAUUUGGUUUCCGCUACGAAGGCCUGUUUAGACAGCACAUGAUUGUCAAAGGAAGAAGUCGAGACACGGCAUGGUUUGCUAUUUUGAAGGAUGAGUGGGAAGGAGAGAAAGGGUGCAAACAGGCCAUGGAGAGGUGGUUGGAUAGGGAGAACUUUGAUGAGAAUGGGCUGCAGAAAAAGAAGCUGGAGGAGUUUAGAGCGUAGUAGUCUGGAAACAUGGGCAUGUGGCUGUAUUUCAUAGGGCGAGUUGCAAACCUGCUGUGUUCCGAUGCUGCUUCUCUGUACAAACCGGAUAGCAACUACAACGGAAAGCUACAUAGAUCCACCUGCAUGGGAUCAAAGAAGACGGGAGUAGAACCGUGGAACGGUGUAAUUAGGUGAGUGUUCAGUUCAGCUCUAGACAGCUGCGAUAUUGGGAUAGAGUCGAGCAGCAUAAAUAGCUGAUAUGUUCCGGUGUCAGUUAGUUCUUCAAGCAAUCCAGAGAUCAUUCCCUUUUUCAUAUUCUCCUUCAGAAUCUUUGCUUCC